AUGUGCGCUGCAAUUGAAAAUCCUGCCAGUUGUGAGGUGCGGUCUGUGAUACGGUUUUUGUUGGCAAAAAACCUAAAACCUAUGGAAAUUUAUUGGCAAGAGUGUGAAGUGUACGGAAACAACAUAAUGAAUGAAACUUCAAUCCGGAAAUGGUGCAUUCAGUUUAAAAAUGGCCGAACUAACGUUCACGAUGAAGAGAAGAGUGGACGCCCUAGCAUUGCGACUGACAAACUGGUCGCUAAAGUUGAUGAAAAGAUUCAUGAAAACCGCAGUUUUACAAUAACAAAGCUUUUGCCAAGUUUUCCACAAGUUUCACGGACUUUGUUGUUUGAAAUUGUCACACAAAAACUAGGCUACCGCAAAUUUUGCGCAAGAUGGGUGUCGAAAUUGCUUACAGACCACUAUAAAGGUCAGCGAAUGGGGGCAGCUUUGACAUUUCUGGAGGCCUAUGGCAGGCAUGGUGAUUCAUUACUGGAUCGAAUCGUAACUAGUGACAAAUGGGUGAGACAAGUGAAUUGUGAAACAAGUGGGGGCAUACAAGUUACCCCAAAAGACCAAGAAAAUGUUUGCAAAUCUUGA